CUAUCUCUCUACCCAAACUCAGAUUCACAAUCCCUCGAUUUCUCAUAAAACUCUAGUUUUUAUACACAAAUUCACUUUCCUCCUUCCAAACACUACACAAUCUCUCGAUUUCUUCUUGUAGAUCUCUGUGUCUCUACUCAAGUCUCUGGAUUUACAGCUCUCCCUCUACCCGAAGAUCAAAAUCUUCCGACUGGGAGAGGAAGCACUAUUGGUUUUUGACUAAUGAUGGUAAUUGGGUUUUUGAGGACUUAUUUGAAUCUACAAUCUGAGAUUGUGCCUAAUACUUUGAAGAAAUCUGCUCAAACUGGGUAGAACACGACAGGGUGAUCGCCCUAGACGUUCAACUCUGAGCCCAUUCUCCCUCCUUAUACCGCUCGUCCAGAUCAUGUUGAACGAGCACUUAAGACAAGAUAUUCGGAGGCGAUGACUAAGCUUAAGGGCAAAGAACUCGACUUGCUCAUUGUAAUUUUGCCAGACAACAAUGUCUCACUCUAUGGGGACUUGAAACGUAUCUGUGAGACCGAACUUGGUCUUGUUUCCCAGUGUUGUCUGACGAAGCACAUCUUUGAGAUGAGCAAGCAGUACCUGGCCAAUGUCGCCCUAAAGAUAAAUGUGAAGGUCGGUGGGCGCAACACUGUUCUAGUUGAUGCAUUUUCAAGGCGCAUACCGCUUGUCAGUGACCGGCCAACUAUUAUCUUUGGUGCUGAUGUGACCCAUCCUCACCCGGGAGAGGAUUCAAGCCCCUCCGUCGCUGCUGUUGUGGCAUCACAAGAUUGGCCAGAGGUAACAAAGUAUGCUGGUUUGGUGUGUGCUCAAGCCCAUCGCCAAGAGUUGAUUCAGGAUCUGUUUAAAGUAUGGCAGGAUCCAGUUCGAGGAACUGUGACGGGAGGCAUGGUUAAGGAACUUCUUAUCUCUUUCCGUAGAACAACUGGACAGAAGCCUCGGCAUAUUAUAUUUUACAGUUUGCGUUGGUUUGCUAUGCAAAUCAUUGAAGAAAAAACAGUUAACUGGUGCUAUUCCUUUGUCGUUGCCACAACUCCCUAUUCGGAAUACUUUUGGGUUACAACUUCGUUAUGUUCUUACCACGUGGGUCUGAUUUGUAGCAGAGGCCUGAGAGGGAAUUCUCCAACUGUUACUUUAUCUCCUAAUAUGUGUAAUUGAACGGUCUCUGGUAUUUGUAAGUAUCCCAGAUUUAAGAAGCUGAAACACCUAAGACUUCACCAUAUGAAUACACUUCGGUGCCACAAGAACCUGCGUCCAGUAUCCCAUCUUCGAUGGCCUACAACAGAGAAUGUUGAUGUGUUAAGAAAUAAAGCUGCUCCAAUGAAGUCAAACCCCAUAAUCUUUUACAUUUUAUUUGUAUUUUUUCAGACUUAAAUUAACUUUAACCAGAGAGUGAUAGUUAAUUAUCUUUGUUGGUUGCAGGAUGAGAAACUGAACUUGAGUAGUUGGAAGGAGCAGAGUUAGAGGAACAACUCCUACAACCUGCAACACAAACUCUUGCAGCUCCAGCAUAUGUACUGGCAAGAAGGAAGCCGACACAACCUGCUCCUCAGAAGAACAAAACUGAGGCAGAUGCGUUGGCUGCACUAGAGGCAGAGAUGGCUCUCUGAACAGGAAGUAAUUAGGUGUGGAAGUGUUUUCGCGUGAAGUUGUAGCUGUUAUUAGGUAUACAAUUUCUUAGUUACAGAAUAUGUUCAUGAUCUUUGUACUACACAGAAUUUGUAUAACCUUAGGACAUAGGAAUGAACUUAUAGUGAUUGAAGUGAGAAUGAACUGAACUUAGGAAGUUCCCAUCCUCAUUUUUUUUUUUUGGUACUUAAAGAAUUUGUAUUCUUUUUUGAUAUGAAUCGAAUGAAUAAAUGAAUGUUGAUAUAAA